GGUGGAACAAUUCUUGGUAGUCCAGAUGAGGUUUUUGAUCUUGGUGAUACAGAAAUAACUCAAGAUCUUUUCAUUGAUUUUUUUAAGUGCAGUUGGACAACAAGAUUUUAGGUACAUGUUGAUUCCCUUUAUUUUCUAUUUUUCAGAAAACUUGCAAGUAAAUGAAGCUCUCUAAAUAAAGCUAUUGAAAUCACUUAACACUUGCUGCUACCUUUUUGUUUUGAACUAAUUAUUAGAGGAGAAAACUACAACUUGUUUGAACACAACUGCAACACCUUCUCAUCAGAAGUUGCCAUGUUCCUGACUGGGAAUAAAAUACCACAACAUAUUCGAGACCUUCCCUCAGGAGUUCUGAACAGGUAAAUGCAUACAGUAAACAACUAUUACUAACAGUAAUGAUAGAAUCAUUUUUAUACAGUAUGCAAGUUGAUUUGUUGACACAGGACAGCCUUAUGUUUGAAUUAGUGACCAAUUGUGGUGAAGAUCUCAGACUUUGAAUACAGGGAAAAAGGGCAGGAAGAAGGGUGUAUAUGAAGAAGUGAAAAAAAUUUAGUAGACAAGUGUGGUUUCUACUGUUUGUGGGAGGGAGCAUCGAUUGGGAGCCUAAUGGGGGUGUAAUAUACAGCUAGGGGGUCUGAGGAUACUAAGAAUUUUGACCAUGAGGCAGGGUAAUUUUUGUUUUCAUUUUUGCAAUGGCCCCAGUUUAGUCAUGGUAGAUUCAUUCUUAAAAAUUAAUAUAUUGUUUGGUGAUAAUCAAUAAAUAACUGUUGAACUGAAUUUUUCCAGUUCAUUUGGUCAGAUGAUAAGACCCAUCACAGACUCUGUAUCUGUGAGGCCUUCAAAGGCACAUCAAUAUCCCCUGCACCAUCACCAUCAACAUCAAGAGCACCAAAAUCAAUAUCUGAGCCAAGAAAUAGUCCCCCUGGAAAGACUAGGCAAAGGAAACCACCUGAUGGCUGGCUCUCUUUGGACAUGUUGCAUCAUUCUAUUGAACAGCUUCCAAACCAGCAGCUAUGCAAGUUAAAAUAUAAGUUUGUGCUCACUGGCAUGUACAGUUGCUAAGGUAGUACAUAUACACAAUGUACAUAGCACAUGUUGAAAGUGGAUUGAGUUUGUCCUAAAUUUCUUAAAACUUUUAUAAUUCCUCUAUAUACAAUAUGUAACCCUAAAGGAAUUUUAAGUAGUAUUUCAAACCAUAGAUCAGCUGAAAACACCCAUAUAUAACCAAUAUGUACACCUGGUCCAGUAUUUUGAAAAGCUCCAUGAAUCUAUGAUGACCUUAUUUUUAAUAAUUGAUAAUUAAAAUUACUUUUUACAGACUAAGUAAGCUUGAUUCUCGGGGCUAAUACUGUCAUACUAAUAACUAUUUGAGAUUAACAAAUAGAGUAAAGAUUAUCAUUCACCAAGUAACUUAAUAGGGACUUACAUUUGUACUGUAUUUAAUUAACUUUUUUUUUUUGGCUCAAACUCUAGUCAAGGCGCCAUAUCAAAGAACCCUAAUGUUUACAAGAAUGUUAAAGUAAGUCUUAAGAUGAUAUGGUGAUAAAAAAUAUAUGUUCAUAUGCUCUGCACCAAGUUUUAAAUGAAAGUAUUUUUCUGGUUAUUUCCUAUGAUAUGUAUAUAUUUGUUUGUCUCAAAAGGGCCCAUCAUUGAUAUCUGAUCUGAGAGACUGUUUUAAAAAAAUAGAAUUGUCAGAUGAAGAUCUUAUUUACCUUGAUGAACUUAAAAGAUGCUUUGAAGGUGAAAACCUUUCAAAAGUGAAUGAGAGCCAAAUUAAAAAAUUAGGUAAGUUAUAUUCUGUAAUAGAUUUCCUACUGAAUUGAGCCACGCUACAACAGUAACCAGAUUCUUAGUAUUAUACAACUAUCAAACCCCUCUUUUAUUUAAAAAGAUAUAUCACUUUAGUGGGCAAUAAAAUACUUAUUCAGAUAUCAAUGAAUGAUCUACAUUCCUAUUAAUUAAAUAUUGAUUUUUUUCCUUCAGAUCAGCUUAUUGAUAAAUACCUGACAGAGGAAGGCAAUGAGGCACAACAUCUCACUUUAAAACUUCAGUCUGCAGUUGCUAUCACAGUGAGAAAAAUUGUUUUCAUCCUCCGAAGGUGAGAUGAUUGACAUAAAAUCAAUAUUUUGUUAACUAAGAACAUAUUCCAUCCCAUUUUCUUGUACUUCUAUGUUUUUACAAUUAUUCUCUCUUUCCUAAUUAGCAUAUGAACCAGCAUGCAAACAUGCAUUGUAAAUUGUAUGUGAAUUGUUACAGUAUCAGGCAAACCUGUGUCCCUGGGUUAAUUUUUAUGAUAUGAAGGGGGAGGAGAAUUUUUGAGUAUUACUCUGUGCUGAUUCCAUAAAUGUUAUGUACUUGUUUUAUCAUAAAAAGGGCUACAGGAGACUGUAAAAAAGGCCUGUGGGAGUUUCCCAAGCAUUCCAUCUUGUGUAACUCAAGUUAAGUGCAUCAAAUUGGUAAAUGAAACAUGCUAUCGUAAAUGAUAUUGUUCAGGUCUUGAAUUAGAUAACAGUCCAAGUCAGAAAUUAUCACUGCAGUUUUGCAGUGCUAUCAGCCAUCAGUCUGGUCACUCCUCCUUGCUUGGUGACAGUCACCCCACACCUCUUCCUGCUGUGACAAUCAAUUGUCUCAGCAAAGAUUUAAUUGGAACUCCAAACUGUCGGAGCUGCUUUGGUUUCCAAUAUAGCAAGACUAAAGGUACUUGUGUGUUCAGUGUGUAUUUUAUAUUUUUGCUUGUAAUCAGCACUCCAAGUUGCAACCAUUUUGGUCACUAGAUUUUCAGCAAAAGUAGUCAGCCAAAUGGCAGCUUGAAAACCUUGGGUUUGGACAACUGGUGACAUCUGUUUAUGAUCUUUGUAUAGCUACCUGCUUCUCAGUGGUCUGUCUUUUCAUUUUGUUGUUCAUUUGUUUCAUACAUUUAAUAUGUGAUUUUUUUAAACACUGAAACGGUUUCAUGAUUUUUCUCAAUCAUGAUUUAUUCUUAUUUAUUAUUUGUGCUCACACAUCAGAUACACAAAGACAUUGAGUGUUCUACAGCCAUCAUUGAACUUUUAAACAGAAAUGUUUCUCCAGAGACAG